ACCACCAGUGGCAGUUCGCAUCUUACGAUCACUACCACCAGUGUCAGUUCUCAUUUUGCUUCCUGCCCGAUAAACUCCCAAGCCUUUUAAUUCCACCAUGCAUCUGUCUUUUAUGCUGGUGAUGAUGACGACCAUCAAGGCCUGUAACGCGGCUGCAGAUUCCGACGGAACAAUGGAUUCUCCAGACCUCGUCCGCUCACACGAUGGAACAAACUACAUCGAUGGUGCCCGCGGAAAAUUUCUUCGAGGGCACAAGGACUGUGAAACGGAAGAAAUUGAAGGUAUGCGAAUGAGGCUUGAGGGCGAUGUGAGCAGAAAGAAGUAAAUCCGAAAGUGAUUGAGAUUGAGUUAGGCUAAACCGGUCUUACAGAAGUCUCUAUCUGUGUCCUAAGAGCAAUCCCACAAAGUAUGAGCAUCUAGCUCCUUUAAGUUCUAACGGGGCUGCGACAGAUAUACAGU